AUGCAGGACGUGCAGAGAAGCCCUCGGGCCUGCGAAGAAUACACUGUCGCAGUUGUUUGCGCCAUGGAGCUCGAGAUGAGCGCCGUCCGAUACAUGUUAGAUGUCGAGCAUCGCAGCCUUCCAACAAAGGAAGGCGACUUCAACAUCUAUAUCCUGGGUGAGCUCCAGGGCCAUAACGUGGUCCUCGCGUGCCUCCCCGGAAACCAAGGAAAAGGCUCCGCCGCAAUUCACGACAUCCGCUUGGGCGAUGUCGUGGUGAGCAUGCCCGAGGGGCAAUACGGCGGUGUUGUUCAAUAUGAUCUGGGGAAAGAAACCGAUGACGGUUUCGCCCUUAAAGGCUUCCUCUCGCCACCGCCGCCUCUUUUGAGAGGUGCCGUGAUGAAGAUGCGGUCUGACCACCGUGUCAGGGAAAGUAGGGCUGAGGAGUUCGUAUCAGCGAUGUUGCAGAGGGGAAGACGCCUUUCCGUCUAUGAGCGGCCUUCCGCCGAUCUUGAUGUCCUGUUUGAAACGGAUUAUCCUCAUGACCCGCAGAACUUCACAUGCAAGAAAUGUGACCAACAAAAAUCCGUCUCCAGGUCGUGUCGCGAAUUUGAAGGCCCCGAGAUACACUACGGAUUAAUCGCUUCUGGCGAUCGUGUUGUGAGGAGUACUGCGAAAAGAAGUGAGAUCAUCCGUAACGUCGGCAACAUCCUCUGCUUCGAGAUGGAAGCAGCAGGGCUACUGACCGAGUUCUCGUGCAUUGUCAUUCGUGGUAUCUCCGACUAUGCCGACUCCCAUAAGAAUGAUAACUGGCAGCAUUACGCGGCUGCAACUGCCGCCGCAUGCACCAAGGAGCUACUCACUUACAUAGAUCCAGAGGUGGCCUCUGCGGUACCGGUAUCUUCCAAAGACGCAGCGUCAUAUUGGGGCAACGGGCUAGCCGCUCGCCAUGUUUUUCAUGGCAAGGGGGUCCAAAACUCCGGUUCGGGUCAUUUUUCUAUUGGCAAGGACCUGAACAUAUGUUGA